AUGGAGCCAGCAGUUUCUCCAAAUUCCAAGCUCAGCUGGCCACUUUCCAAGAGGGCUUCUGGCCAACUGCUCUCUCCUGGGGGAUAUCUGAACCCAAAUAACUCACCAGCCACUGCAGUCCACUCCAUCUACUGUUCUGUUCCACUAGUGCAUUUCUUCAUGGAGGCCUCUGGAGUCACCAGCAGUCACCAUGUGUCUGCAGGACUUGGCAGACUAUGCAGGGAUCAGGAAGAGAAAAGUCAGUGCCUCCUGGGAAUCAGCAGUGCUGGGAAUGGGAAGAGCCCACCAACAAACCGACUAGCCAGUCUGUCUGGGGCACACUGCUCGGCCUCCCAGACCCUUUGCAAUCGAAGUGAAAGCCGUCUUCAGAAUUUGUGUAUUUUUCUUGCACCUAAAAUCAGUGCCAUGUGGAUACCACCAAGGCCUGCUGCCAUCCGAGCAGUAGCCAGGCUUUUCUCUCUUGUGGCUAGAAUAAAGAUACUCCUAUCAAAUAAUCUUUUAUUAUUUUUUGUAGGAUUGCUUAACUACCUAAUCUAUUUUCUGGCUGCUUGUGCUGUUAGUUUGGGAAUAGGUUUCUUUGCAUUGGCAUCAGCUUUGUGGUUCCUGAUUUGUAAACGAAGAAAAAUAUUUCAAAAUUCUAGCUUUACAGUAAUUGAUGACAGAUUCAGACAAGGAUCAUCAGCGGUAAAGAUUCUCAAACCCCAUUCUCAAAGUGUUUUCAUUUCUCGAAAUUUUCAUACUGGAAGACUCCAAUCACAGGAAGAGCAAAGAAAAAAGGAAGAAGCAAGUAUAAAAGAGAUUAAAUAUCAUCCUGAAGAUGAAUUCUUCCCUGCAGCAGAAACACUCAUCUGUGACCCCCAAGAGAUUAGUUCAGCAACAAAUAGCAGCAGUGUCACAUUAAACUUUUCAGUAUCACCGUCAGAUUCUCCGUACAGCCUAAGUAUACAAGCAGCUGAUGAAUGGUUUUCGGAUGAUUCUCUAGAAGAAAAUAAUCCUCCACAGCCUUUUCUUAGGGAAACCGUAGUGGACAAAGUAUUUUCAUACCUGUCAACCAUUUCAUCAGAAGAAGGUACUUAAAAUAUGAUGAACGUGACAAUGCAUGAUGAUCAAAAUGAUGGCAGAAUCAAGGAAAUGCUUUCAUAAAGAAACACGGAAGUUGAAAUACAAAACCUUCAACAUAA